UGCAAUAUAGUCAAUCCUUUGAAGAGAUAUGGCUUACAGUGCUAAGUUGUUGCUGCUUUUGUCAAUGUUCUUGAUAUUGACCACUUUCUCCAAUGUGGUUGAGGGUUAUAAGAAACUCCGUCCUGAAGAUUGCGAACCGAAGUGUACGUACAGAUGCUCAGCAACGUCACACAAAAAGCCAUGCUUAUUUUUCUGUAAAAAAUGUUGUGCAAAGUGCUUGUGUGUACCUCCUGGAACUUAUGGCAACAAAGAAACAUGUCCUUGUUACAACAAUUGGAAGACUAAGGAAGGAGGUCCCAAAUGUCCUUAGUCAUAUUGCACAAUCUUCUAUAGUAGUUAGAGUUAAUUCUUAAUUAGGAUUAUAUACAAUUUUAAUUAUUCUAUUGUUACCUAAGACUCUUUGGUGAAUUUUUUCUUAGUAGCAAAUAGAGUAUUAUGGUAAAA